AGUCAUAGUUGAAAGCAGGAUGCAGUUGCACGACCAUAUGAAGUAUAUAGACUUGGGUUGCUGGAUGUCAUGCAUACCAAGAUAUCAAUGGAAAGGACGCCCUGCUGAAAGACAGUUGUACGCUUCGGAGCAAAGGAUAGUGUUCCUUCUUGGAUCCAUUUGCCAGAUAUACCAGAUUGCUGGAGUGCUCAUCUAUUGGUAUUGCAAUGGACGGCUUGCCACGGACAACGGCACCUUUGUGGCACAAUUAUCUGAAAUGUGCAGUUCUUUUUGUAUAACAUUUGUGGGAUUCUGUAACGUAUAUGCGAUCUCUAUAAACCGCAAUCAAAUUGAAACAUUACUCGAGGAGCUUCAUCAUAUAUAUCCGAUAUGCACGAAAAAUCACUAUCGAUGCCAGCAUUACUUUGACAUGGCCAUGAGAAUAAUGCGAAUUGAGUUCCUUUUCUAUAUGAUCUUUUACGUGUGCUACAAUAGUGCACCAGUAUUGUUGCUUCUUUGGGAACACUUGCACGAGGGAUAUGAUCUUAGCUUCAAGACGCAGACCAACACUUGGUUUCCAUGGAAAGUCCAUGGGUCGGCACUUGGAUUUGGUAUGGCUGUACUAAGCAUAACCGUGGGUUCCUUUGUGGGCGUGGGCUUCAGUAUAGUCACCCAGAAUCUUGUUUGCUUGUUAUCCUUCCAACUAAAGUUGCACUACGAUGGAAUAUCUAGUCAGUUAGUAUCACUUGAUUGCCGUCGGCCUGGAGCUCAUAAGAAGUUAAGGAUUCUCAUCGCCUACCACUGCCGGAUCCUUCAGCUGGGCGACCAAGUCAAUGACAUAUUGAACUUCGUAUUCGGCUCCAGCCUAGUGGGUGCUACUAUUGCCAUAUGUAUGUCAAGUGUUUCUAUACUGUUACUGGACUUUGCAUCUACCUUCAAGUAUGUCAGUAGUCUAGUGGCAUUCGUCCUCUACAACUUUGUCAUCUGCUACAUGGGAACCGAGGUCACUUUAGCUAUGCAGUUGGAGGACUUUAUGCGGUACCAGGACCUCGUGUGUCAAGCGGCCCAACUUCCCAGAUACACGUGGAAUGGCAGACGAUCCUUGGAAGUCAAACGCAACUUGGCAAAACGCAUUAUCUUCUGGCUUGGAGCAAUAAAUUUGAUUUAUCACAAUAUUGGCUGCGUCAUGUACGGAUAUUUCGUUGAUGGAAGAACGGAAGAUCCAAUUGGUUAUUUAGCUGAAUUGGCAUCUGUGGCCAGCAUGCUUGGAUUUACCAUUGUGGGCACCCUCAACUUGUGGAAGAUGCUGAGCCUUAAGACCCAUUUUGAGCACUUACUAAAUGAAUUUGAGGAAGUAUUUCAACUAACCAAGCACAGGGCGUAUCGCACACACCACUAUCAAGAGGAAUAUAAGCGUCAUAUAAGAAAUACGCUUAUUUUCUAUACCUCUGCCGUUGCCUACUACAACUCACUACCAAUUCUUCUAAUGAUUCGGGAACAUUUGUCGAACUCACAGCAGUUGGGCUAUAGGAUUCAGAGUAGUACCUGGUAUCCCUGGCGGGUUCAGGGAUCAAUUCCUGGAUUUUUUGCUGCUGUAGUCUGUCAAAUCUUUUCGUGCCAAACCAAUAUGUGCGUCAACAUGUUUAUCCAGUUUCUGAUCAACUUUUUUGGUAUCCAGCUAGAAAUUCACUUUGAUGGUUUGGCCAGGCAGCUGGAGACCAUCGAUGCCCGCAAUCCCCAUGCUAAGGAUCAAUUGAAGUAUCUGAUAGUAUAUCACACAAAAUUGCUUAAUCUGGCCGACGGAGUUAAUCGAUCCUUUAACUUUACGUUUCUCAUAAGUCUUUCGGUAUCCAUGAUAUCCACCUGUUUUCUGGCAUUUUCCAUGACCAUGUUCGACUUUGGCACCUCUCUAAAACAUUUAGUCGGACUUUUGCUAUUCAUCACAUAUAAUUUUUCAAUGUGCCGCAGUGGUACGCACUUGAUUUUAACGAGUGACAAAGUAUUGCCAGCGGCCUUUUAUAACAAUUGGUAUGAGGGCGAUCUUGCUUAUCGAAGGAUGCUCCUCAUCCUGAUGAUGCGGGCUACGAAACCUUAUAUGUGGAGAACUUACAAGCUGGCGCCUGUAUCCAUUACUACAUAUAUGGCAACAUUGAAGUUUUCAUAUCAAAUGUUUACCUGUGUGCGGUCCCUGAAAUAAGAGGAGCAAAAAAGAGUUAAGCUCUCAAAAUAAUAUAAAUGUGCAUGUCGUAGUGUUGAACUUAGUUUGUAGAUCAAAAAUUUAUAUUAGAAAACUAAAAAAAAUCAUCAAUAUCAGCUCUGAAAAGUUGUUUAUUAAAAUAUUUAGUAAAUCAUA